CCGAACUCGCUUUCCUUCUUGCGACCCCAGGUGAUCUCGUCGAAGGACUGUCACUUCCGACUUCAGUACGCCUUCGUUGGCAUCAAACAGGAACUUCUAACUUCCAUAUUGAUGCUUUUACCAUACUUCCCGAACAGACUUGUAAGAUCGCCGCCCUUUCCCGACUUCCUGGACCAGCACUACGAAUCUAAUCGAAAUCCUACUAUCCAUCUUUUUGAACCAUCUACGCGCACUUCACUCCUAAGAUCGACUUGCGAGUUCAGGACGGAUCUGACUGCAAGAAACAACAAGAACCGAUGCCUUGCCUCUGACUCCCCGCUUUUCCCUUCUUUCCCGACCGGACAUAGAAUCGAAUCCGAACUCCCUUUCCAUCAUCCUGGCCUGGUAAAUGCCCCGCUCUUUAACGACUUCUGCACGCCUUUCUUCUUUAUUGUUUUGUUAUUGGAUCGAAACCAAUGGACUCAUAAAUGCCGGAUCAAAUCUAGACAGACUCCUAAAUCCAGCCUUCUACCAUAUUGGAUUUAUGGACCGGACUUGCGAACUCCCUUACCCCGAAACAUUGGAAUUUACCGAUCGCUAUCCGGCUUGUCUAGGACCCUCGGUUCAUUCCUAAUUCCCCAACCUGCUAAGUCAUAUCGGUCUGAGAAAGAAAGGUGGAACUUCCUCUACUCUUGCCUCUACGACCCUUAUAAAGCUUGUGUUUUCCUUCCGGCAUUUGCCAGGCUUUUCCCAGACGGGGAAAACCAACUCACUCCAACUCCUUCCCGGAAAAGAUGCAAUACGAAUUCCGAACUCGCUGGAAAAGAAAACAAUACCCGAGAACAGCUGGAAGAUCCGCUUGACUGCUCGGAUCUAAACCACUGGACUACCAAUUCCCACUGGGAUCAGACUCGGCAACGCAAUCCUGCUUUAUUUCUUUUACCAUAUUUAUAUGAUAUUUCUCGACCACUAAUCCGAACUCCAAAGCCUUCUUCU